GGCUCCGCCCGGCUCGCGGCGCGCGCGGCGGGGCUCAUGGCGGCCGGGCCGCAGUCCCCGGGGGCCGCCGUGUCGGCAGCCGCUUACCCCGACUCACCCGUGGAGCUCCCCGCCCGCCUGCACGCCGGCGCGAUGCGGCGCCGCUUCUGGGGCGUGUUCAACUGCCUGUGCGCCGGCGGGUUCGGGGCCCUGGCCGCCGCCGCCGCCAAGCUGGCCUUCGGCAGCCAGGUGAAUAUUGGCUUAUGUGUCUUAGGCAUUAUUGCCAUGGCAAGCACCAAUUCUCUGAUGUGGACCUUCUUUAGCCGGGGCCUCAGUUUCUCUAUGUCUUCAGCCAUUGCAUCUGUCACAGUGACUUUUUCGAACAUACUCAGUUCGGCCAUCUUAGGCUACGUGCUGUAUGGAGAGUGCCAGGAGGUCUUGUGGUGGGGAGGGGUGUUCCUCAUCCUCUGUGGGCUCACCCUGAUCCACAGGAACUUCCCACCCACCUGGAAGUCAAGCAAGCAGCAGUGACACCAGUUGGUGGAUAGACUACGGUAAAGAUGACCAUCAUGACACCAGUUGGUGGAUAGACCACGGUAAAGAUGACCAUCAUGACACCAGUUGGUGGAUAGACCACUGUAAAGAUGACCAUCAUGCCCAGCCAUGGGUUGGCAAGUAGGACUGCUUCGGGGUGACCUGGGAGUGCAGCUUUUGACUGUCAGCCACAAGGAGAUGCCAGACCAACUACAGGCCUCUGACCACCUCGCAGCCUGGAGGGUUGAAGCAUUAGCUCAUGUAAGAGGAGGACAACCACCACAGCAUGAGGCCCAAGUCCUUCAGCGUUGGUACAGUGCUUUGAUUCUUGUGCUCCGGGGCUACCUCAGUGAGUCCUGGAAGACUCUGUGAUCUUGCCCAGCAACAUGGCAAGUGCCUGAGAAAUGUUGUGAUUAUGAUCCUCCUACCUGACCAUGACCCUUCAUUUACCCCAGAGUCGGCAGCUGGAGGGCUUCCUAAAGAAAAAAAAACAGUCUGUCACACCCAUGAAUCCAUAGCAAAAGAAGGAAAUUUGGGCUAAUAAAUACUUAUUUGUAAGUUAAA